AUGGAGCAAAUACCACGUUUAUCGGAGGAUGUUCUCUAUAUUAUUUCUGAAAAAUUACUUUUUAAAAAAUUAUGUGGUCAGAUUGAUUUGCGAACGACAAAUGGUUAUACUCUUUUUAUGUUUCACAGUUUAAGGAAUAUGAGAGCUUUGCUUUCUCAUUUUUCUAAAAUGAAGCAUCUAGAUCUUUCUGUUUCUGACAAUGAUUGUCUUAUUAAAUUUUACAAAGAAGAAAUUCCACUAACAAAACGUAUAGUGAGUGUAUUUAAAUAA